AUGGCUGCUCCCACCGAGAGUUCCGAGGAUGUCAAUGAUUUCCUUGAGCGCAUCCGGGAACUAGGCGACCGCCGUGACAAGGAAGACGACGAGCGGACCAAGAAACUAGAGGAGGAGAUCCUGCAGGGCCGGAAGGAAAGGCAAGCCCGGAGAGCUGGUCAACAAUGUGCUGAUAUCUGGAUGACUCAAAAAACAGAGCGUGCACGAUCACUCGCCCUCACCGACGAUUCAUCCACCCUCAAUAUCGCACGACUGAGCACUUCAUCUAUCAGCACCCGGUCGAUCGACCCUCCGGAACUCCUUGAGCCAACACUGAAAACACCGCAAACCCCAGGACCCGAGCCACCGAUCCCGAGCGUGGAUUCGAGUCAAGACAUGGAGCCCUCCGAUGCCGACAAGCGGCGGGGAUCAAUCCCGGAUCUCGGAUUGGAUCUCGGAUUGGAUUCUCCCUCGCGGACACGACUACCCAUGUCUCGCAACCGCGCAGGGACUUUGUCAUGGCAGCAACGCCCCUCCUCACGGGACUUCGGCAUGUCACCCGCUUCAACAUCCCCAACUCGCUCCCCAACUCGUGCAAGCCACCUGAGAAAUUUGUCUACGGCAUCGGAUGAGAAUACACUGUCUCAACUCCAAUUCGGAUUCCCGCAGCCCGGGAAGGAUGCCCCUGUGCUCCCUCCAUCACCGGACCGCGGGGCUGAAUCGGUAGCACACAGCGAGAAAGAGGAACAGAUGGAUAGCCAAACAGACGUGAUUGUGGAGCAUCAAGAGCCCGAGGUGGUUGAAGACCCAAAUCCCGAACUAGAUCAACAGGAAGCAGUAGAAGAGACAUCACCGUCGCCCCCGAGGACUGGUUCUCGUGAUAGCAACAUGAGCCAUCGCUUCUCUGUAUCGUCGGUUUCAGCCACUGGACUGGGGUCGCCAGUGCACCUGUCAGAGACUACGAAGCUCGAGCCUCGACAGAAUGAUUCCUCGUUGGAGGAGUCCAUGUCGCCGUCUCCUACCCAGCGGCGGAUGUCACCAGAGCGAACACGGUCGACCUCACCCACCAAGGGCCUGGGAGGCUUUGUUCAGAGUGCUAUGAUGAGAAGAUCAGAUAGUGUGUCAAAAAGGUGGAGUGCACAAACUCCACAGGGGCUUGGGCGGUCAAAUUCCAUUGUGUCAAACCGCAGCAGUGUGGCUGGUCCAAGUUUGAGUGAAAUGACCCCUCCAACUCUUGGACGAAUCAACCGUGACUCUACAACUCUCCUACAAAGACCAGGCUCCAGCCACAGCGAGGCAGCCACCGAGACACCCGAACGACCAACCACAGCGGAUAAAGACACUGUGAAUUUUGACAGCCCAGGAAAAUCAUUCCGACCUGGUCACUCUCGCUCUGCUAGCUCUGCCACCGCAGAAGGCAGUGAAUCUCAAAGUCCGUUUGUCUCGAAAACAAUGGACCCCAGGCGCUGGAGCCCCAACAAGGCUUCUUGGUUGGAGAGUGCCCUCAACCGACCCGAGCUACCACGACAAACCAGCAGACCCCCCUCGCAGCCCAACUGGGCCAAAGACCGACAGUCGAAAGGUAGCGUGGAUUUGGGACGAGUCAACAAUUUCAAGGAAGUCACCCCUCUCGGUUUGAUGCGAACACCUCCGCCAGGAACUCAUACAAAACUGCCUGGGCUCUCUGUUCCAUCGCUUCCAACAAGCCCUAUCAAAGAUGGUGUUCCAGAGUCUCCAAUAGGAUUCCCUCUGAAGAAGAUUGGUAUCCCUGGUCCAUCGGUUCCUACGACCCCUAUCAAGGAUCCUGAGUCUCCAAUAGGAUUUCCUCUGAAGAAAGUUGGUGUCUCAGGCUCAUCUCUUCACAGGAACUCCGUCUCAGAUCCUCCCUCGGAAUUCCCUUUCAAGAAGUCCGGUACCGCUGGAGGGUCAGUUAGCGGAAGCCCUGAAGGCAAGCUCAAAGAUGCAGCACCCGAGUCUCCCUUGGGAUUCCCCUUGAAAAAGCCCCUCAGUGCGGGUUCAUCACUUCACAGAAACUCCGUCUCAGAUCCUCCUUCGGAAUUUCCUUUCAAGAAAUCCGGCACCCCUGGAGGGUCAGUCAGUGGAAGCCCCGAAGGCAAGCUCAGAGAUGCAGUACCCGAGUCUCCCUUGGGAUUCCCUCUCAAGAAGCCCCUCAGUGCGGGUUCAUCACUUCAUAGGAAUUCCAUCUCAGAUCCUCCCUCGGAAUUCCCACUCAAGAGGCCCAGUGUCUCUGGUCACUCAGUUUCUGGAAGCAUUGCUACCGUUCCUGAAUCUCCGUCGGAGUUUUCAUCCAAGAAACACAGUAUCUCUGGUUCCUCAAUCCCUGGAACCCCCGAUGGCAAAUCGAAGGAGAUAGUUCCACAAUCUCCGUCAGUUCUCGGUGGCCCUGACGCUGGACAAACAGAAGAGGAAACCCCAGCUUCUCCAUCGCCUGUCGAGGAACCUCUCAAUGCCCUGUCAAGCGAUGCACCAACGGAGGAACCCAAGUCUGCUUCUCCCGCUGAAACUGAGAAUGAGUCGCAAGAACUACCUGCAUCUGAAGAGUCCGAGCCUCAAUCUACUCCCACUCGCAGGGACCCUCCCGACUCUUUGAGCCCCAAACCAAACUUUUCCAUCUCUACUUCUUCGCGGGUGCCCAUUUCACCCAUGGUGAAGCCACAGUCUCCCGUGCUGGACUUCCGAGCAAACCUGCGGAAACGAGAAGUCGUCAAAGACAACGGAGAGGACAAAGAACCAGAAUUUAAAAAUGUAUUUGGACGCCUCAAAAAGACUGAACCUCGCAGCUACGUUCCCCCUGAUGCGCUCAAGGGCAAUAUCCUACUAGGCAAAGCUGCGCUGAAUAACACCGGCGGACCAAAGAAGACCGAGCGAGUUGAUGAAUUUAGGAAGAGCCUUGUGGUGCGCAAAGAUGAAAUGAAAGCCGGCGGGGGCUCCAUCAGACGGAAUACAGCUGGAGAGCAGGAUGCGCCACCAAGACAGACUGAGUUCGUACCAGAAGCAAUUGCUAUGCGACAAAAUAUGACCCGGGCAAACAGCAUCAAGCAGCCACUUGUGGGUGAGCCGGUAUCGCCUACUAAAAGCUUUGCUUCUCGAAUUUCGCAGGACAGACCAUUGUCGUCCCCGAAGUCAUCUAUCAAAGGCAUCGGUUCAUCGCGAGCUUCUCAGGAACAAGAACCAUUGUCGCCAUAUGCUGCCGAUGAUGAGCCGACAUCUCCCGCUAAAAGCUUUGCUUCUCGUGCUUCGGACAAACCAUUGUCGUCCCCGAAUUCAUCUUUCAAGGGAAUAGUUUCAUCGCGAGCUUCUCGGGAACAACAACCGUUGUCGCCAUUCCCUGCUAAUGAUGAGCCGGGCUGGCCCUUGAAAGACACCAGUUCCUCGCGUACAUCUCAACAAUCACAGCCGUUCUCACCGUUCCCUGCCGAUGAUCCCAGCGAUGAGCCAGGGGAGACAAUCCCCGCGGCGAGCGACUACAAGCAAACCCCCGAGGUGGUAUCUUCAGUGAAACAGGAGGAAACCCCAAAAGCCGUUGCACCAAUUGAGCCUAGCAUAGUGAAGAUGCAGGAACCCUCAGUCAGGACACUCCGCCCAGUUCGUCAAUGGCCACCGGCACCUGUUGCAGAGGCUACUGCGACUCCAACUCUAGCACCUAAAAGCAAAUUGGCGGGCCGAAUCAACCCUGCGCUAGCUGGCCUACUUUCUCGUGGCGCGCCUGCCGGUGACGGACCGAAGAAGCAACUGGCAACCCCUGUCUCAGCGCCGAGUAACCCUGCCUCGCCAUCUGCGCCUCUCACGCACGUCACAAAGGGUCGUGCCAGAGGCCCGAAGAGACGACUUCCCCAGACAAUUGAUGUCUCGACCCCGCCCGCUCGGAAUGCUAUUAAGGAGGUUGGUGCUAUUUCCUAUGAAGCCACCCCGCCAGAGACUCCUACAAUCCCUGUUGAGUCCUUGGACAUCGAUUCGGAGUACCUGUCGCAGUCUGAUGAAGACCCAGUUCCUGACAUCAAAACCCCCCGUGCAGACAGCGCAGUCACCGAGCAAUUUCCGGAGGUAAACACUCCUCCCCAGGAUACCCUUGAACGCGAUACGCCCACACCCGAAAGUAAUUUCCAGCGCGCUCUCCAGACCCCUUCCCUAACAACGAAUUUCGACAUGUUUCCCUCCGCCAAUCUUGAGGCGACACCCAGGGAACCCGAAAGCCCUGGAGAGGUGAGUCCAUCUAGCGGACCACCCGUCCCGCCGAAGUUUGAUUCUCCCGUCUCCCCCUUGCCUGUAACGACAAAGACACAAUGGGGCCAGCAAAACCGGUUUACGUCCUCAUCACCGUACGCUCUCCUAACAAGCCAGAAAGUGAACCAAAUAGAAUCACCUAUGAGUCAGGAGAAGAGCAUCCCCGAUGUUACCGUCGAGUCAUCACGCAGUUCCGUCUCACGGCCCUUGAGCCAUCCCUCCCCGCCAGUACCUCCUAAAGACGAUGAUGUUAUGCUCCAUAAGCCACCCAAUCCGCGCAGACUUUCAAGAAAGAUGUCCGCUCCAUCACUAGUGGCGCAAGCUAGUGAGGCACGUGAGGUAAUUGCGGGCUUCUUCAAGACAAUCCCUAACGCUCGAAACCGCAUGGACAUUGAUCCCCAGCUGAUGGUAAUGCGUAAGCCGGAUGAUGUUAAGAUCAGGACCGUGAAGCUACAUAUCUGGGAGCUCACAGGUGAUGGGAGGCGUCAGGAACUUCCUUCCCACCUGGAGUACAUUCUAUACCAAGGCAGCAUGUAUCUCUGCGUGCAUACAUUCGAGACCGAACGAGGCAACGUUUCGGAAGUAUACCUUUGGCGUGGAGACGAUGUCCCCGACGCCUCGGUGGAUAAUGAACAGCCGUUUGCACGCAAAGUCGCUCGUGAAAAUAGCUCCAAGUUGCAAAUCAUUCGACAAGGCAAUGAGCCCAGGCGGUUCAUCCAAGCGCUUGGUGGCAUUAUGAUCACGCGUCGGGGAUCCAGCUCCCGCCACAAUUCAUCGGCUCUUUACAUGCUUUGUGGCCGGAAACACUUGGGCGAGAUGACCUUCGAUGAAGUGGAUUACUCGCUGCGCAAUCUCUGCUCUGGUUUCCCUUACGUUGUCUCUGCUCCGUUUGGCAAGCUCUACCUAUGGAAGGGCAAAGGUAGUGGCCCUGAAGAGACCGGUGCAGCCCGACUUAUCGGCAUGGACCUAGGUCUGACCGGAGAGUUUGAAGAAGUCACCGAGGGUGAAGAACCCGACGAUUUCUUCGAUGUCUUCGCAGGGCCCAGGGAGGCCGCACCGCACAUGUGCCAGGAUUACUGGAAGCUCAAGCCGAAGUACAACCACUUCGGCAUGCGUCUCCUCCGCGUCGACCACGAAGUGAACCCGCCAACUCGUUUCUGGAAUAUCCGCCGUCCGGGCGCAGGUGCACCAGUGGUUAAUGCCAACGAUUGCGUUCAAGAAAUAGAGCCAUUCUGCUACCGAGACAUUGUCGAGAAAGAUGUUUACGUUCUGGACACCUUCUUUGAGAUCUACGUUAUUGUUGGCGAGCAAGCCUCACAGAAGUCUGCCGAUUUCGCCUCGGCGGUGGUCUUCGCGCAUGAAUAUGGUAUUCUUGCCACAUCCCUCCAGGACCGACCAUUCAUCCCCAAGAGUUACGUGGCCCUCGGCGGCAUCCCCGACCGCUGCCAAAGCGCAUUCCGCAAAUGGAACCCACGUGCCCAGCAUGCGCCUUUCGUGUUCUCUCUGGAUGUUGUUAUCGAGGCGAUUCGAUCACCAGAGGAGAAUUGA